UUAUAACUAAGUACGCGCAACUGCCGGACACAGCUAUGCGAACGUGUGCACGACAAUUUUACAGUUUAAAUUCAAUUAAAGCAAACAAACACUGACUAAAAUAAAAUUGAAGUGCGCCAAAUGCAGCAAGCCAACUACAAUUACGGGCAAUUUACGUAAGAAUUAACAAGAGUGCGCAGUGCGAAGACAGCACCCAAAUUGAACAAACAGCGUUGUUGGCCAAAACUACCCAAAACCGCACACGCACACACGCGUACGAAUACCAAGAACAAACAACCACACAUAUAUACAUAUGUCUGAAUGUAUGAAAAAAUACAUAUAUAUAUAGACAUAUAUAAGCCGCAAGUAACUAACAAUUGACAUUGUGGCCCACCUGUUUGUUUAUGACGGCGGCUAAAACUUAAGAAAACAACGUACAAUUGUUAACAAAUUGCGUAUGCAUGUGUCACGCAUUAGUUGUCGCCGUUGAUAAUAACAAUAGAGCUUAUGUACAUGCAUGUACAUAACCCUAGGCGCACUUAAAAGGCAACCAACAAAAAACCUCGCUGGUCGCGUGUCUUAUUUACAUCAACUUAUUUAUGGCUUCAAAUGCACAGCUCGGAAAAAUCAUUUUGUUAAUCGCAAUUGCCGUUUUUUUCUACUACUUCUUUUGGGUGGCAAUACUGCCGUUUAUGAUACUCGAUGAAGGUAAUCCCAUAUUGUCGCUGUUCCCGCCGCUAAAAUACGCGUUCAUUGUGCCCACCGUAUUUGGGGUAAUCUGCCUGGGCGGCAUCGCCGUAUUCAGUUUCUAUCACAUUUGGAGCAUUACGCGGCAAUCGAAGCGAAAUUAAAGAUUGA